AUGACAACGAUGUUCGUCCAACUGCGCCGUCUGGUGUACCUGUUGGUACUUCUGCAGUGCUGUAUGUGUGUGACCCAUGCGGAAGAAGAUGCCGUUCAAAAAAAAGCAGAGCAGUUCUUGGAGAAGUGGGUGAGUGAGUGGGAGGAACCGCUUGUGGAAGGCAAAGGCUAUAAAGAGGUGUGGAAUGCCACCGUGGAGUCUUGCAUCACGAAUGCCAAAGCAGCCAGGAAGGUCGCAGAUAGGGUGGAUAAUCUUCGCAAAUAUAUUGUCGAGCAGAGGUUAAGACGUGAUAAAGGUCUUUGGAGUGAGGGGGCGGUACGUGAUAAAUUCGUUAAGCUCGUGAAGGAAGCCGCAGAGGAGGUGGAGAAAGAUUUGAAUGUGUUACAAGACGCAGGGGUUAGAGUCGAAGAGGCGAGAUAUUUGGUUCGAAUGGGCGGGGAUGCGAUAGAUAAGAUGAAGGUUGUGUGGGAGAAUCGAAACAACAGCAGAAAACAACAUACAGAAGUGCUUAAGGGAGUGGAUGAAGAAAAAAGAUCGGUGGCACAGGGAGCGCUCAUUAAGAGGAGCAAAAGAGUAUAUGAUGAUAUGAAUCAGACCUAUCAUGAGCUCCUGGUGAUCAAACGAAGAAGCAUUGCCUGCGCGAAGGAACUAAGUAAUGGUGUAAUCGUCACGAAGAACAAGAUUUACACGGCGGGUAAAUUGAUGGAGGAGGAGAAAGGAAGAAUUCCAGACGAAAAGAUGGGGUACGGAGUGGCGGUAAAGAAGUUCGCCGAGGCUGUUAAGAAAUCACUGGGGGAGGAAUUGGUACGCGUAACUUAUUUCAACAACAAAACGAAAGCGGAUGGGGAAAUGUUCGUUGUCGGUCGAACGUCUGCAAGCGCGUUUGCGGGGGCUGUCAAACACCAUGAAACAAAAAGGACGGCAGCAAACAAAACCAAACUUGAGGCGGAAGUAGCGGCGGCACGGGAGAAGGCAAGGGAGAAUAUGGUGCGAAAAAAAGAGGAGGAGGAACAAGAAGUGAGGAGCCUCCAUGAAGAAAAGCAAAGGGAGCGGGAGAGAAAGAAGGCCGAAGAAGAGGAAAAGAGGCGAAAGGAGCAGGAAAGAAAGGAUGCCGAAGAAAGGCGAAAAGAGCAGGAGAGAAAGAAAGCUGAAGAAGAGGUGAAAAGGGCAAAGGAAGCGGCAAGAAAGGCCAAAGAAGAGCAGGCUAAACAGGAGUUGGAGAAAAAAGCAAAGGAAGAGAUGGAGAAAAAAAAGAAAAAGAAAGACGGCAGCAGUAGUCCUGCAUUGAUGCACAGUCCCUUAUUGCUGCUUCUUGUUCUGAUGUGUGUGUUGGGUUGCACUCUCGUGUGCUGA